AGGUGAUUUUUGUGGGGGAGGAGACAUGAAGAAAGUUAAGUAAAAUGUCCUUAUAAAGACAAAAUCUAUUUCUUUCUUGGCUGAUGAUUUGUCAUUUUAGUCACUUCCUGCCUUGUGACCACACACUCAGGGUUGACAAAGUUCUUCUGCAAAUCAGAAAGAAGGGAGUUUCUGGUCACACGCCAGUACCAUUGAGGACCGUUUUUCUACAAGAUCUGUUGCCUAAAGCAAUAAAAAAUGGCCAGAGGAUCAGUGUCUGAUGAAGAAAUGAUGGAGCUCAGAGAAGCUUUUGCCAAAGUUGAUACUGAUGGGAAUGGGUACAUCAGCUGCAAUGAGUUGAAUGACCUGUUCAAGGCUGCUUGCUUGCCUCUGCCUGGAUACAGAGUGAGAGAAAUUACAGAAAACUUGAUGGCUACAGGUGAUCUGGACAAGGAUGGAAGGAUCAGUUUUGAUGAGUUUAUGAAGGUUUUUCAUGGCCUAAAAAGCACCGACGUUGCCAAGACCUUUAGAAAAGCAAUCAAUAAGAAGGAAGGGAUUUGUGCAAUUGGUGGUACUUCAGAGCAGUCUAGUGUUGACACCCAACACUCCUAUUCAGAGGAAGAGAAGUAUGCCUUUGUUAAUUGGAUAAACAAAGCCCUGGAAAAUGACCCUGACUGUCGGCAUGUCAUCCCAAUGAAUCCAAACACGAAUGAUCUCUUCAAUGCCGUUGGGGACGGCAUCGUCCUUUGUAAAAUGAUCAACCUAUCAGUGCCUGACACAAUUGAUGAAAGAACAAUAAACAAAAAGAAACUCACCCCUUUCACCAUUCAGGAGAAUUUGAAUCUGGCUCUGAACUCUGCCUCAGCCAUUGGAUGCCAUGUGGUUAACAUCGGGGCUGAGGACUUAAAGGAGGGGAAGCCUUACCUGGUCCUGGGACUUUUGUGGCAAGUCAUCAAGAUUGGGUUGUUUGCCGACAUUGAACUCAGCAGAAAUGAAGUUCUGAUUGCUCUUCUGAGAGAAGGGGAGAGUCUGGAGGAUUUGAUGAAACUCUCCCCUGAGGAGCUCCUGCUGAGAUGGGCUAAUUACCACCUGGAAAACUCAGGCUGCAGCAAAAUCAGCAACUUCAGUACCGACAUCAAGGACUCAAAAGCUUAUUACCACCUGCUGGAACAGGUUGCUCCAAAAGGAGAUGAAGAAGGUAUUCCUGCUGUUGUGAUUGACAUGUCAGGACUAAGGGAGAAGGAUGACAUCCAGAGGGCAGAAUGCAUGUUGCAGCAGGCGGAGAGGCUGGGCUGCCGGCAGUUUGUCACAGCCACAGAUGUUGUCCGAGGGAACCCCAAGUUGAACUUGGCUUUCAUUGCCAACCUCUUUAACAGAUAUCCUGCCCUGCACAAACCAGAGAACCAGGACAUAGACUGGGGGGCUCUUGAAGGUGAGACAAGAGAAGAACGGACAUUUAGGAACUGGAUGAACUCCUUGGGUGUUAACCCUCGAGUCAAUCAUUUGUACAGUGACUUAUCAGAUGCCCUGGUCAUCUUCCAGCUCUAUGAAAAGAUUAAAGUCCCUGUUGAUUGGAACAGAGUAAACAAACCACCAUACCCCAAACUGGGGGGCAAUAUGAAGAAGCUUGAGAAUUGUAACUAUGCUGUGGAAUUGGGGAAGAAUCAAGCUAAGUUUUCCCUGGUUGGCAUUGGUGGACAAGAUCUCAAUGAAGGAAACCGCACACUAACAUUGGCCUUGAUUUGGCAGUUAAUGAGAAGGUACACACUGAAUAUUCUGGAAGAAAUUGGAGGUGGGCAAAAGGUCAAUGAUGAGAUUAUUGUCAACUGGGUAAAUGAAACAUUGAAGGAAGCAGAGAAACGUUCAUCCAUCUCUAGUUUCAAGGACCCGAAGAUUAGCACAAGUUUGCCUGUCCUGGAUCUCAUUGAUGCCAUUCAACCAGGUUCCAUUAACUAUGACCUUCUGAAGACAGAGAACCUGAACGAUGAAGAGAAACUCAACAAUGCAAAGUAUGCUAUCUCUAUGGCCCGAAAAAUUGGAGCAAGAGUGUAUGCCCUUCCAGAAGACCUGGUUGAAGUGAACCCCAAAAUGGUCAUGACAGUGUUUGCUUGCCUCAUGGGGAAAGGAAUGAAGAGGGUGUAAGGCCCAGUGGAGUGGGGCUGGAGGUGGCACACCUGACUGCUCAGCACUAGAUGCUCCUAGGAAGCACAGAGAUGAUUCAAGCCAUUCCAAACUUUUCAACUUGGUGACAUCAUACAAGAUUCCAAAAAAGUGUAUAUUUGUUCAGCCAGGUAGCCUCUCCUGUAUUUAACAAAAAGUGCUUCAUUCCUUGCAAAAGAUCCAAUUCCUUACAAAUAUUUUUUUACCAUUGAAUUUAUUGCUUCUUUGAAAAUCUAGAGAAAAAAAAGAACUUAUUUUCCUGGUACCAUUCCUGCUUCCUGCCAUUAGUCAAGUAUAGAAGCUGCAGUGUUAUUAAUUUUAAUAUAGUCUUUCAACCAGCUUAAUUUGGCUGCAUUUUUGUUUAAGGUGAGGAUCAGCAGAGAAAAUCAUCAAACAAGUCCCAAAACCUGUUUCUGGAGGCUAGCCUUUGAUCUGUGACAAGCCUCUCUUUCUGUUCCCCUACUCCUUCACUCUACUUCCCUGUGACUUUGCUAUCCACCCUCUCAGAACUGUGCCUUUUCCGUGACCCACCGCUGUAGACCAUUCCUGCCUCUGGGCCGUUUGGAGCAUCUGACAAAUCAGUCAGGCUACUGGGGUCCUAAUAGUCUCCAGGAACCUGUAGGAAAGUAAGACUCAUCAUCAGAGCUUUUCCUCAGAACUAGGGUCCCAUUUGUUAUCAGUUUUUAGUUUUCUUUUCAGCCAGUAGGAAGCCCUCUGUUUUUAACCCUAAGAUUUGUGCUCAUACCAGAUCUAACAUUUUUAUUUAUUUUUUGUUUUGUUUUGUUUCUAACACCUUUAAUAUUAUGCUCUUGGUUAGAUCCAAGCAGAAUGUAAUUGAGCAGCAAACCACCAGGGGCCAGCAUGAAGCCACAAAAAAGCAUCUAUCUAUCCUUUGGUGCUGCCUCUCCAUGUCCUGAGCCCUGCAUGUUAGACCUAGUUAUCAUGGUAUGCCUAAAUAUCUGGGGAGUGGGAACAAUCCUGCUCUGCUUUAAUUUGCUCUGAGAUCUUAAUGUAUCUGAUUGCUGCCAGGCCAUAUUAUCAAUGUUUACUUUUUUAGUACUGGAAAAGCUUUUUACAACCCCCAAACUCCCAGGGGACAAUAUGUGCCAAUGAACAGGGACCCCAGCUUACCCCCCAACACCGACACACACACACACACACCCCUACCCAUACCUAGUCAUAUGUCAAACUGGAUAAGAACUGGCUAAGUUGCUUUACAAAGAUCUAAUUUACUGGGUAUUUAAAGAAUUUCUAAAUAAAACAAAAGAGACAGUGAAUUUGAGCAAACCUAAUAGGUUAUACAAUUUCAUGUAAAGCUACUGAAAGCUAAAAAACAACAGGACAUUGUGAACCAAUGCUAGACCUUCUCUAUAGUGCUGAAAGGGCUCAUCAGUGAGGUAUCUUCUUUAGCGGUGGUAUGUCAUGGAACUUAGCUAUUUCUCAAAGCAAUUGGAAAUAUCACCCCAAAUCUGUUCCUUGGCAGUGGGCUCAGGAAGCCAAUGUGUGGCUUCUGUGGCAUCUGAAUGCUAAGUGGUUGGUUUUAUCUUACUCUGCACUUAAUGUAGCCUCCGAUGAUUCUCUUCCAUCUGCUUGCAGGAAGAAUGUUACCGCCUAAAUUGAAAAUGAAGCUAAUGUUCAAAAUCUCUCCAAAUAAAAUGUUCCUUAUAUUGCA